AUGGCCAGUGCCCUCAUGUUGUUCACCACUGGUGCGGAAAUACCUCUGACCACCCGCGAGGCGCUAUCGGGUAUCUUUGGCUCCAUCUCGCUCGCGUGCUGGAUCUUCCUCCUCGUCCCUCAGUUGCUCGAGAACUACCGCAACUCAUCCGCCGAAGCGAUCAGCCUCGCAUUCAUCUUCGUCUGGUUUAUCGGUGAUAUCGCCAAUCUUGCAGGCGCACUUUGGGCGGGACUGGUCCCGGUCGUGGUCGCAAUAGGUGUAUAUUUUUGUAUCGCCGAUGGUGUCCUUAUCAGCCAAUGUCUGUACUAUGGUAUUAUCAACAAGAGAAAGCAAGGAAAAGCUUUGUUGAGCACACAGCCUUCUUCGUCAAGUGCAGAUGCAGAACGGCCAACGCAAGAGAACGACGAGGAAGAACCUUUACUCAAGCGCACACGGACAAACAGUGUCACUAUCCCGGGGUCGGCAGACAACAGGCGACGAAGUAGCGCAAGCGCUAGGCGAAGGAGAAGCAGUGCUAUUGCAGAUGAGCACCUUGCUCAAAUCUUCGAGGAAAGCGACGAGAAUGGUGCUAGGCUUUGGUUCAAGAAUGCAAUGAGUGUCAUUGCUAUUGGAGUGGUUGGGGCGGCAGGUUGGGCAAUCGCAUAUGAAUCUGGUGCUUGGAAGCCAACUCCUCUUGCUAGUCAUGCCGACGAGGAGAAAAUGGCAACGGGUGCACAGAUCCUAGGAUAUCUCAGUGCUGUUGCAUAUCUUGGAGCGAGAAUUCCCCAAAUUAUUAAGAAUGCGAGGGAUCGGAGUUGCGAAGGUCUUUCACUUCUUUUCUUCAUACUAUCUCUUUUGGGCAAUCUCACUUAUGGCGCCGGAAUUCUGUGCCAUUCAACAGAAUCAGCAUACGUGCUGAAGAAUUUACCCUGGCUGAUAGGUAGUCUGGGGACCAUGGUCGAGGAUGUGACCAUUUUUGCUCAAUUCCACAUGUAUAGGGUUCGGGACCAGUCCGCACCAGAACAGGCUGUCAUAUGA